AUGAUUGUACUUACAAGAAAAACUAAAACCAUCAAAUAUGAUAGACUGGUAUUGACAUAUCUAUGCAACAUCCUCCUUACUAACUCGUAUGCACCAGAGCCAAACCCUGGUCCACCAAAAUACCCAUGUGGAUCAUGUAAUAAAGCAUGCACUUGGAAACAAAAAGCUGUAUGCUGUGACAGCUGUGAUCAAUGGUACCAUAUAAAUUGUCAAGGUAUCGAUAAUAAAAUGUACAAAAUACUUGACAAAAGCAACCUAUCAUGGGAAUGUAUAAACUGUGGUAUGCCAAACUUCUCCACAACAUUCUUCAAUAGUUCUUUACCUGAAUUGUCAAAUACUUACUCAGAAUUAGAAACAAGCGUUGAUUCUGACAAUGAAAUUAUUGAUAUUGGUUUACCAACACAUUCUUCAUCACCAAUCCAGAAAAAUCAAAACAAAAAGAAAAAAGGCAAUCACAUAUCAAAAAACUCAGAACCACUACGAGUACUUACGAUAAAUUUUCAGUCAAUAAAGAAUAAAAAACCUGAAAUAGAACUUAUUAUUGACUCUUGUAAACCAAGCAUCAUAUUUGGUACUGAAACAUGGCUCUCAAAUGACACCUCUCCAUAUGAAUACAUCCCAGCCUCCAAAUACAACAUCUAUACAAAAAACAGAAAAGAUGGCUAUGGGGGAGUGUUACUUGCUAUCUCAAACCAGCUCACAUCUACACAAAUCACAAAUACAGGUACCGACCUAGACCUCGAUACAAAUUGUGAAAAUGUGUGGGCGAAAAUUUCAUAUGAAGGAAACAAAUCACUUUACCUAUGUUCCUACUAUCGACCACCAUCAGAUAAAGGAGAAUCCCUAGAACAACUGGGUAUCUCACUUAAUAGAGUCCUAUGUAAAAAAACAAACCCAAAUAUCUGGGUAAGCGGUGAUUUCAAUCUUGGCCACAUAGACUGGAAGACACCAGCAGUCAUAUCUUGUAAACCUGACGCUUCACUACACCAACAGCUCCUUGACUUAUUAAAUGACAAUAACUUAACACAGGUAGUAAAUAAAAACACCAGAAACGACACAACACUAGACCUGUUGUGUAUGACCAAUCCGUCAUUUGUCAAUCGAGUCGAAACACUACCACCAAUUGGAGCGAGCGACCAUGACAUAGUUUACAGUGAAAUAAAUUUAGCACUGCCUCAAAAUAAACAACAGGCUCACAAAAUAUUAAACUACAAAAAGGCAAAUUGGGACCAAAUAGAAAAAGACCUCAUUAGCACAUACAAUCAGCUUAAACAAAAUGAAAAUAACAUGAGUCUAGAUGAACUUUGGAAUACUUUCAAGACAAACAUCCAGAAGUCUAUUGAAUAG